AUGUCGGAUUUUGAGGACGAAAUGGACGUGGACGUGCCCUCCAAAGGGACUGUCCAGUUCAGCUCUGACAACACGAACUCAAAAGCUAAGAGACCAGCAGCAGACCUGCCGGUUGAGGCCCAAGAUAAUUUACCAUGGGUAGAAAAAUAUCGACCCAACACACUCGAUGAUGUCUCCGGGCAUCAGGAUAUCCUCGCUACAAUCAAUAAAUUUAUUGACGCAAAUCGUUUACCGCAUCUCCUCCUAUACGGGCCCCCCGGAACAGGAAAAACAUCUACGAUUCUCGCGCUUGCCAGACGGAUAUACGGCGGCAAAAAUAUGCGACAGAUGGUGUUGGAGCUCAAUGCCAGUGACGAUCGAGGCAUUGAUGUCGUACGAGAGCAGAUCAAGACAUUUGCUAGCACCAAGCAAAUCUUUUCUAUGGCUCCCUCAACAACCGCCAAUAGCUCCUCUCUUGGCGCCUUCAAGUUGAUCAUCCUUGACGAAGCGGACGCUAUGACAUCAACAGCACAGAUGGCUCUCCGCCGAAUCAUGGAGAAAUACACCGCUAACACCCGAUUCUGCAUUAUAGCAAACUACACGCAUAAACUGUCGCCAGCACUUCUUUCUAGGUGUACUCGUUUCCGCUUUAGUCCUCUGAAAGAGGCAGAUAUCAAGGUCCUAGUUGAUCAAGUCAUUGAGAAGGAGAAGGUGCAGAUUCGGCCUGAGGCAAUCCAGAGUCUGGUUAAGUUGAGCAAGGGCGAUAUGCGCCGAGCAUUGAAUGUGCUACAAGCAUGCCGUGCAAGCAGCAAACCGUUACCCCUAAGGAAUGCCCCGAAAGAUCAACCUCUCCCCGAACCAGAAGUUAUCACCAACGAGACAAUUUAUGAUUGUAUUGCUGCUCCUCAUCCCUCUGAUAUCCACGAAAUCAUGAAUACUUUACUUUCCACGAGCGAUGUCACUUCCUGCCUGUCAACUCUCAACACUCUCAAGGCCAAUCGAGGUCUCGCCCUAGCAGACAUUCUCACCGCGCUGGGAGAGCAGUUGCAGAGGAUAGAAGUUCCCGCGCAGACGAGAAUCACAUGGCUGGAAGGUCUGGCGGAAAUCGAGUGGCGUCUCUCUGGAGGCGGGUCGGAAGCUGUCCAAACCGGCGGGUUAGUGGGUGUUGUACGGGAUGGAUGUGAAGUAAUGAAUAUUAAGUAA